CCGUGCUCGGAAGCCCAGGGAAACUCUUCCUUCGUCCAGUAGCUGCGCCCGAGCAGAAGAAGUGAGCUGCUCGCCUUCCAUUUUUCAUGAGCCUCGAGCAGCGUGACCGUUGAAUUUGGAUGCCCAGGCCCCAGUAUGGAUCCCUUCUAUCUGGAUAUCCACAUGGGGUUCCUGAAACCCCAGUGCUCGCUAGCGACGCCCUCCCAGCGCGAGCGGCCGGGAGAGACUUGUUCCUGCUUCAGCGGCAUGUGCCCACUUCACCAGCAUCGGAUAUCCACAGACUCCUCGGCCCAGCUGUCCUCGUCUCCGCUCGGUUCGCCCAUGUCCCACAGGGGGAUGCACCCGUCCCUGCUGAGCCCACCCCCCAUGGGUGCCCCGGGGCAUCUGCACUCACCCAUCAGCACGCUGAGCUCUCCCAUCAAUGGCCUGGGAUCGCCUUUCUCCGUCAUCAGCUCGCCCAUGGGACCCCACUCAAUGUCCGUGCCCUCGCCGGGGAUGGGUUACGGCCCCAGCGUGAGCCCACAGCUGAACUCCCCCAUGAACCCAGUCAGCAGCUCAGAGGACAUCAAGCCUCCGCUGGGUCUGAACGGGAUGAUGAAGAUUCCCGCUCAGCCAUCCAGCAACCCGCUGUCGCUCACCAAACACAUCUGCGCCAUCUGCGGGGACCGCUCCUCGGGGAAACACUAUGGCGUGUACAGCUGCGAAGGCUGUAAGGGCUUCUUCAAGCGGACCGUGAGGAAGGACCUGAGCUACACAUGCCGCGACAACAAGGACUGUGUGAUCGACAAGCGCCAGCGCAACCGCUGCCAGUACUGCCGCUACCAGAAGUGUCUGGCCAUGGGCAUGAAGAGAGAAGCUGUCCAGGAGGAGCGCCAGCGAGCGAGGGACAAGAACGAGAACGAAGUGGAGUCCACCAGCAGCGCCUACGAGGACAUGCCUGUGGAGAAGAUCCUGGAGGCAGAGCUGGCGGUGGAGCCCAAGACCGAGACCUACAUCGAGACCAGCUUGGGCGUGCCGUCUAACUCGCCCAACGACCCCGUGACCAACAUCUGCCAGGCAGCCGACAAGCAGCUCUUCACGCUGGUCGAGUGGGCCAAGAGGAUCCCGCACUUCUCCGAGCUGCCGCUGGACGACCAGGUCAUCCUCCUUCGAGCAGGGUGGAAUGAACUGCUCAUCGCUUCCUUCUCCCACCGCUCGAUAGCCGUGAAGGACGGUAUCCUCCUGGCAACGGGUCUCCACGUGCACCGCAACAGCGCCCACAGCGCAGGCGUCGGGGCCAUAUUCGACAGAGUGCUCACAGAGCUCGUGUCCAAGAUGCGGGACAUGCAGAUGGACAAGACGGAGUUGGGCUGUCUUCGGGCCAUCGUCCUCUUCAACCCAGACUCCAAAGGCCUGUCAAACCCGAGCGAGGUAGAAGCUCUGAGGGAGAAGGUGUACGCCUCGUUGGAGACCUACUGCAAGCAGAAGUACCCGGAUCAACCAGGGCGGUUUGCCAAGCUGUUACUACGACUGCCUGCUCUGCGUUCCAUAGGCCUCAAGUGUCUGGAGCACCUAUUCUUCUUCAAGCUCAUAGGAGACACGCCCAUCGACACCUUCCUCAUGGAGAUGCUGGAAGCCCCGCACCAAAUGACAUAGUGGGGCGCCGCGGGGGCGUGGCCUGGUGGCGCCUCCUUAUUGUGAAGGAGGGUCCUCUAACCCUCUCUAUGGACUGAUGACAUCGGAUUGACAAGUGACGUAAGCGAGCGCGCGGAACCUCCCUCUUCGCUUCUUCAUACGUUUCCAAUGCGUCGAGUUCAUCGCGUCUCAGUGGGUCUGUUUUCUACCUUGUGCAAACAUGCGAGCGCAGAGGACCGUGGGCUCGAGUCCCACCGAUGGGGGGAAUGCGACGCGUCCGUUCAUCAGCUUUCGAGCGUGAAGGUCUGCGGGAGAGAUCGCAUGUUCUGCGCCGAUGCGUGUGUUUACAGGUAAUGUCACGUGCCGCGGUUUUGUCAUAGGAUGCCGAGCGUUUGUCGGAACAGUUGCGCGACAGCGCUGCGGGCGCGGGUCGCGAGUCUCGCCUUCGGUUAGAAGCUGGGGCGGGAGAGCGCUUGGGGUGGCUGGAAGCCGGGGCCACUUCGCCGUUUGCGAAGGAAACUCAAGAGGCAGCAGUGGAGCACGAUUCUACCCUACUGUCGCUGGGCGGGGCCCCUUUCUCAGGGACCUUGUGCCGAAGUGGACGGCAGAGGGCUUCGUGGCCGUCUAGCGCGCCACGCCCAUGAGCAAGCACGUCGGACUUCCUUCACCAAUGAGCUAGGAUGCCAGAAAGAUUGUAACCCCGCCCACAGAAGCUCCGUUUGACCCCGUUGCCACCGCAGAGCCUGGCAGCGUCGCAUGGGAACACAUCGCUUUGACGCCAGGUGUCCCAGUACGUGUUGACGAAGCUACGCCAACCUUCCCCGUUUCAUCCCCGAAUCCAUGGGGCAGAAGUUCAACACUGUCCACCAGGGGGCGCUACUCCGAAGAAGCGGCGCCUGUGCGGCAGAACCUUUGCGAUUUCCCUCAUCCAUCCAUUCCGUAGUAGCGUCGCCACCUUGCGCAGUCUACCUCGGUGGGGCAGCGGGACGGCGCUCGAGGGGGAAGUUGAGGUGUCAUCCCCCGCCCCCCCACCCGACCCUGGUUCAAGCAGAAUUCAUUGUGAGCAUCUAGACACGCACACCUGCUGGGUGUCACUUUCACGGCAACUCAAACACCUUCACGAACACCCACUUGCACCUCCACCUUAGCACACAGCCCAGACUCUACUUCAUAUUCACAAUUAUGUUUUUGCGCACGUAUGUAUGCGACAUGUCCAAAGAUGAUCUGUUCUGUUUUGUCCAGUAAUAUCAGGCGAGGGAGGAUGUGCGUGUGAGCAGCGGCAUGGAAGCAGGAAGGAGCGGGAAUGAAAGGCAAUGGGAAAGGCAGUAGGAAAGGCAAUGGGAGAGCUUUUACUGCCCACUAGUGGAGGAACGAGACACUUGCUUGAAUUUUGUACAAGUACAGAACUAGAGAAAUCAUUUUCCAGGACUUUGUUCGGUGAAGUUCUUUCUAGCAGCUGAAUUGGUUUUGCAAGCAAAAAUGGUGAGAAUUCAGCAAUAAAUUAAAGAAAAGCGAUUCACGGUGUAGAGUCGGUCGCCAAAAUUAACAGUUUUGCUGGUGUGACAGGAUGAUGUUUACUUACCUGGUUUGUAAUGCUCACCCGUUUAAAAGAUAAUUAGUGGGUUGUUACUGGAACGGCUUCAUUUCACGGUUUGUUUUAAAGAAAACAGCUUAGGGUAUUUCUGUCCUCUUUUUUCCUUUUAUGGGGAUGCUUGUUUGGUGGCUGUGACACCAAGCAAGGGUUUUUUUUCCAGUCCUUAGAUCGACAAAAGGGCUCCUUACCCGUUAAUUUGAAUAUCUGUGGCCCUUUUGUAAAAACAACGAAAUAUAAUUUGUGUGCCACUAUGAAAUGGCUAGAAGGAAAUGCAAACGAAAAAGUUACUGGUGUAGAAUACAUAUUCGGCACUCAUUUAAAGAGCAAAUUAUACAUUACGACUUCACAGAUUUGUAAACAAUAAACCUGAUUCGAUUGACUACUAAAUUUAUUUUUGUUAAAAAUGGCAUAAAUGGAAAAUGAGGACCGCUGCUGUCACACAGGGCCACCGUUUGCCUGCUUUGGCUGUUAAGGCAUCAAAAGUGUGGUUGUUCAAAGAAAACAAUCUCGUUAUGACUUUGACAAUUUUCAGUGAUGUUGCCAGUUUGGACUUCAGUUUUUUUUUUUUUUUACAUCAUCUGAGUAGAGUUUGAAAAAAGUGACACCUUGUUUUAAAAAAAAAAAAAUAGAGGUAUUUUUAUAGAGGUGUAACCGGCUCAUUUAAAAUGUAUUUUAAAUGUAUUUUAAGCAUCCGGUUUCUUUCCGGACUUAAAAAACAUGUUUCGGAUGAAUCGGUGACUAAAUUGCCUUAAAGUUGUGCCCUGAAUUAUGUGUGAAUGUAAGAGCGAAUAAGUGUAUGUAAUUUCCCUGCGAUGGACCUGCAUCCCCUCCGCAAUGUACCCUAAGUUUCUGGGACAGGCUCUGGACCCCCAUGACCCUGCAUUGGAUGGACAAGCAGUUAUUAAUAACUAACGGCUGAACGGCUACAUGUUUUCAGCACCCUAAACACAGUUACACAUUGGGUGUCCCCAACUACAUUAAAGCCAUAUACAGUACUAGCAUGUAAGAGCGCAGUGAAGGAUCUCUCUCAAGACAGACUUGAAAAAACUGAGAGAGAGCAGUCCUCUCAAUCGAUAAUUACUGAACACAUGAAUGCUUUAUUCGUACCAUAAAGCUAUAUUUUGUCUAUAUGUAUAUGUAUGUAUAUUUAUAUGUAAAUCUGUUCAAUGUCACUGGUAACCCUAAGGAAGAGGGAGAAAACCAUGAGUUCAACUAGGCUAAACCAGGCUAGAACAGUAAACUGUAGUGUAUCAUUGUAGUGUUUUUAGGGCCUUUUUUUCCCGUUCUUUUUAGGCCUUAGCGCGAGGCUUUGAGUCCCUGCUCCUAAACCCAGCGCCGAGCACUCUACCAGCACCUCCGAGUUCUACAAAAAAGAUGACAUACCAGCAUCCGAGGGUUUCGCGAAAACCCUCGCAAUCACAUCACCGCAUCCUGGCGGAUGUGUUUCAAAGGAGAACCUUGUUGUAUAUUUGUUGCUUGGCCACACGUUCUGUCUAACCUGAUGAGGAACGGCUGAGAGACCCCCCCCCCAUGUCCGUUUGCUUUAGUUCAGUGAUAGUAAAACAUCAACA